AUGUCUGAGUCAAGCGAUGCAGAAAGUGGCAUUGCGCCGCAGUCAUUGCGCGUACCUACAAAUGUUUCUUCGCGAAGUCGUAGGCUCGAUGGCGCCUUCGGUCAUUUUGCGGACCUGGUCCAGACCAUCAGCAACCAGGAUGCGAUAACCAGGUACAAGACGGAAGAGGCAGAUAAUGGCAUCCCGAUCGGCGACUUGACAGACACGGGUCAGUUCCGCGAUGCUGAAGGGAGGACCAUUCUAUCGUGGGAGGCCGGUGACAAGGAAAACCCGUACAACUGGCCCCUGUGGCGGAAGAACGUCAUUCUAUUGACUACCAUGUUGGCCGUCAGCAAUAGUACUAUGGGUAGUGCUCUGCCGAGUAUGGCCAUCCCUUUCAUCGCAAGAGAAUGGGGAAUCACGUCGCAGAUACAACUUGUCCUCCCGAUUUCGGCCUACCUGGUCGGCUACGUCUGCGGUCCUAUGAUAUGGGGCCCACUGAGCGAGCACAUCGGUCGUCGAAAUUUGUCCAUAGGAAGCUUUUUCAUGUUGACGGUCUGGACCCUAGCCUGCGCCCUUGCUCCGAACUGGCCGGCACUGCUUAUAUUCCGAUUCUUCGCCGGGGCCAGCGGUAGCGCGCCGAUCGCCAUCGUUACUGGGAUAUUUGCUGACAUUUACGAUGAUUCGGUUGUCCGUGGCCGAGCCAUGGCAUGGUUCAUGGCUACGACCGUCUUUGGCCCCCUAUUUGCCCCCAUAAUAUCCGGUUUCUGCUCUACAAGCAUCGGGUGGCGGUGGUCCUUCUGGGUUGGCCUGAUGUCUGCCGGAGCAACGCUGGUGCUAGUGUGUUUCCUGCCCGAAACCUACGCGCCAGUCCUCCUGAGCCGCCGGGCGGCCAAGAUCCGAAAGGCGGACCCGACGGUGCAGGUCUACUCCGCCACAGAGCUCGACCCGCAUGACUUCAGACAGCUAGUCACUCGAGUGUUAACUAGGCCUAUUCGUAUGCUUCUGACCGAACUCAUCGUGACGGCGACUUGCUUGUAUCUCUCGCUCGUUUAUGCGAUUUUUUACAUGUCUUUUCAGGCCUUUCCCAUCAUAUUCCAGAACGUCUACGGAUUAUCUCCCGGAGUCACGGGUUUAUGCUACCUGCCGAUCGGGGCUGGCGCACUUCUCUCCCUGCCCGUUUUCUUCUCGUACGACUACGUUCUCCUGAAUGCCAAGGCCCGUGGCGCCGAGUGGGCGCAGAAGGAAGAGUUUCGUCGGGUUCCAUUGGCUACCCUCGGCGGUCCGCUAUUCGUCGUAUCGCUAUUCUGGCUCGGCUGGUCGGCACGAUCAAAUGUCCCGUUUGUCGUCCCUAUGCUCGCAGGCAUACCAUUUGGCGCAGGCUUCAUGUUGAUAUUUAUGGCACUUCUUAACUACAUCACAGAUGCUUACGAGAUUUUCGCCGCGAGCGCCAAUGCUGCGGCCAGCUCUUGCCGUUCCGUAUUCGCUGUCAUACUCCCGCUCGCGACCAGGUCCAUGUUCGCACGGCUCGGCAUCAAUGGGGCCUGCAGCCUGCUCGGCGGAUUGAGUCUAGUUAUGUGCGUUAUCCCCUUCAUCUUCAUCUGGAAAGGCGAGGAAAUUCGAGCACGAUCAAAAUUCUGCUUAGCGCUUCGCGAACAAAAGCUCGAGAUGGAACAGAGGAACACGAAGCUGAGGAGUAGGAGGAUGAGUAAGGCGGGCGAUAGAGAGCGUGUGUCGGAGACUAAGGAAAGCGUCUAA